UAGAAUGGAAAAUGGGUAGUUAUUUAUUUGCUCUGAAUAUUUGGGGGGAAAAAAAAUGACAGAAAGAACAAAAUGUAGAAGAAUAUAAGCAAAUCUUCAAACUCUGUCUUCUGUCCUUGAGUGUAUCUUAAGGAUUAGUCACUUUCUUUCUGACCUUGCGGCCUAUUUUACCAAAUUACACUAAUCUCCCACUUUCAGUGAGGUUAAUCCCUCAGGAGGGCGGCAUAUAAGAGAGCUGCUCAGUGUCCUGUGGAGUUGAUUACUUGUUCUUAGUGACUGACCCUUUCUCCACAUUAUCUACAAUUCAAGGUUUUUUUUUUUUUUUUUUUUUUUUUUUUUGCUUGUUUGCUAUUUUUGUCUGUUUUUAUUUUCCGUCUGUUUUUGUUUUGAGUUGUUGUAGUCAUCAUGAACGGGACGGAGGGUCCAAACUUCUACGUGCCGAUGUCUAAUAAGACAGGCUUGGUGCGGAGCCCUUUCGAGGAGCCUCAGUACUACCUCGCCGAGCCGUGGAAGUAUUCUCUGCUAGCCGCCUACAUGCUUUUCCUCAUGAUCACCGCCUUCCCGAUUAACUUCCUCACACUUUACAUCACAGUGAAACACAAGAAACUCCGCACACCGCUUAACUACAUUCUUCUGAACCUGGCUGUUGCCGGUUUGUUCAUGGUCUUCGGAGGCUUCACGGUCACUUUCUUCACUGCCCUGCAUGGCUAUUUUGUCCUGGGUGUAACUGGGUGCAAUAUUGAGGGUUUUUUUGCCACCAUGGGAGGAGAGAUUGGCCUGUGGUCCUUGGUAGUUUUGGCUAUUGAGCGCUACAUUGUGGUGUGUAAGCCGGUGUCCUCAUUUCGUUUCGGAGAUAAACACGCCAUCAUUGGAGUUGGCUUCACUUGGAUCAUGGCCCUCACCUGUGCUGGCCCACCUCUGUUUGGUUGGUCCAGGUAUAUUCCAGAAGGGAUGCAGUGUUCAUGUGGAAUAGAUUACUACACCCCAAAGCCUGAAUACAACAACGUAUCAUUUGUCAUCUACAUGUUCAUCCUCCAUUUUUCCAUUCCGCUCCUGAUCAUCUUCUUCUGUUACAGCCGCCUUCUCUGCACUGUUCGCGCGGCUGCAGCUCAGCAGCAGGAGUCGGAGAGCACUCAGAGGGCAGAGAAAGAGGUCACCCGGAUUGUGGUCGUUAUGGUGAUCGCAUUCCUGGUGUGCUGGUUGCCGUAUGCCAGCGUUGCAUGGUACAUAUUCGCCAACCAAGGCUCUGAGUUCGGACCCGUUUUCAUGACCGUGCCGGCUUUCUUCGCCAAGAGUUCAGCCUUUUACAACCCCGUCAUUUACAUCUUCCUCAAUAGACAGUUCAGGAACUACAUGAUGGUCACCCUGUGCUGUGGAAAGAACCCACUUGAUGAAGAUGAGACCAGCACCACGUCCUCUGCGAAGACCCAGACCUCUGUGGUCACAACAAGCCAGGUAGCCCCUGCCUGAACCUGUGACUACUGACCCUCUCGACUGAACACCACCAGUGAAGUAGCCACCUGUACGACCUUAAAAAGGCUGAUUGUCAGUUCUCCUCUUUACAUUUACGGUUAGUCUCCUGAUAUCAGUUACUUCUAUACAGUUUGUUAAUGGAAUCCUGUUGUGCCGUUGUAAUAUGCACACUGGAGCAUGACAUGUCGUCUAAUGUAGCUUUUAAUGGGAACAUGUUCAGCAGAGCUUUGAUACUUUUCAUUUGUUUUCAUUAUUAUUCACCCCCCCAUAACGUAGUCCUUCAUUACGCUUAUUAAAAAGUUAUUACAUACAUCUGUAGUUUAUGCUUUUAGCAUGAACUUUUAUAGUGAGGCCCUGCUUUUAAUCCAUUACUCACUGCGUGUUGUGGUGUGUGACGAGUGAAUGAUGCGAUGAAUGGGGAAGAACACCAGACAGAUGUGAGUCAUGAAAAACAUCUGGAGGCAUCAGGGAUAUCACGUUCAACCUUUGGGAUUCUAUUUGUGUUUGGUUCAUUCGGUUCGUUGUUACCGGAAGUGUUAGGAUGUGAGCAUUAUCGUGUGAAUUGUCGUGCAAUGUGAAAUAAUAAAAUUAAGGAGAAGAAAGCU